AUGACGACGACCAGCCGUUUGGACUCAUACUUAGCCGGAAUUGAUACAACAGAGAUUUCUGAAACAAUCCUGGACGCCAUCCGUGUCUGUCUUGCGAUGGGCUACCAGUACUUAUGGGUGGAUGCGCUGUGUAUUGUGCAAGACUGCGAGCCAGACAAGAUUGUCGAGCUAGGUAAGAUGGCUUCUAUUUACUCGGGAGCCAUCCUCACAAUAUGUGUCAUGUCGGCCAAAAGUGCGACGGAAGGCUUCUUACGACAGGCCUAUCCUAACUGCAGUGACCACCAGUCAAUACGCACAUGGCACGCAGAUAUACGCGACGAACUAAGCCAACUUGUGACGGGUUUCCUAGAAAUACGGAGUGAUUUCUCCGACGAUGACAUUUUUGACAGUCCAAUUCUGAAACGAGGCUGGACCUUCCAAGAGGCGCUUCUUAGUCCACGCCUUGUUAUGUUCUCUGCUCAUGGUCAGAGGCCUGCAUUGCGAUGCUCCACGCAUACUGUCCAAUCGGACGGUGGUCGGAUCACAGCGCACCCCAAAACUUUGGUGAACCUUGGGGAAGUGGAGCAAGUAGUUGAAAGGGCAAAGUCAGAAGAUAAAUAUUGGACAGAAUACUCUAUUCAAUCGGCCAAAGCCGAAGAAUGGGUCAAGGUUGUUCAACAAUAUUCUCGGAGAUCAUUGACAUUUUCGGAGGACAAGAUGCCCGCCCUCAUGGGCAUUGUGUCAGAGUGGGAGUCACUGUUUAUGCCGGCCUACGAGUCGUACGUUGCACCGUCAUGGUCCUGGGCGUCUCGUGCCCAUCCCGUCUAUUAUCAGAGCUUGGGAGAGAUAAAUACUUUUGAAGGCGAGCAUUCAUUUGAGGUCGUCUCGUGUGAGGUGAUUCCCGUUCACAAGGACCUGCCAAACGGCGCGAUCAAAUCGGCACAGUUGACUGUGAAGUGUAUCGCGGAGUUGGUUGACAUUGAGGGCAUCGAUUCAGAAAAUGUUUUCUGUAGAGCGUCAAGUGGGGAAGUGGACCUUGCAAUUGACGACAGUCCUAGGCCGCAGCAUCUCACAAAAGCCUGGCUUCUAUACAUUAACGAUGCGGAGCCGUAUAAUAACUCGCAUGGAAUUGGGAUAGCAGUUGUUGAAGCCGACAUCACUGAUGCUGAUGGCACUAAGUUAUACAAGCGAACUCAUCGUAUAUCAGACCUUUCCAUUGGGAUCAUUUCCCUUUUCUCCGGGGCGGCUAACAGCCUUGCCCCUCGUUGGCCGAGUAUUGAUUACAACAACUUGACUGUCGCUUUAGUUCGAGCACCUCCCGUCAAUUGGCCCCUGCCCUUGAUGAACAAGGAUUGGACUGAUGUUGAAUUCGACUUGGACGGCUCCGUCGAGAAAGGCGUCGGUUUGAUCAAGCAGGCCGCUGACAAUGGUGCCAAUCUUAUUGUUUUUCCUGAGCUAUGGUUUCCUGGUUACCCUAAAGGAAUUGCAGAUAAUGUCUCAAUCGCAAACCACCUCAAAAACUACUACGAUAACUCUCUAGUUGAAGGAAGUUCACAGUGGAAUAAGCUUCUUUCAGCUGCGAAAGAGAAUCAUAUUUACGUUGUUCCCGCGUUCUCUCACCGUCAGGGUGAUUACAUCUACAUGGCACAGGCGUUGAUUUCUCCUGCUGGUGAGACAAUUUUACUUCGUCAUAAGCUUAGGCCAUCUGGCGGGGAGCGAGAGAUCUGGUCUGACGGCACCAUUGAGGAACUGAAGGUGGUCGCAACCCCUUACGGUCGUUGGGGGUUGCUAGAAUGCUGGGAGCAUUUCCAUCCUGCCAUGACAUAUAAUGUUCAGUCGCAAGUUGAGAAUUUGCAUAUCGCCUCAUUCCCAUACAUGCCGGACAGUGGGAACUCUGAAGCAGCAUAUUGGGAGUCUCUUGAUGUCAACGUGGCAGCUACCCGAACUUACGCUGUCAACUCACAAGCUCCAGUAGCUAUGGCUGCGGUGGGAAACGUGCGUUUCAUUGAUGGGUUUGGUAUUGACUUAGAGGUAAUAGAAGCCUCUGCGUCGUUUGAUAAAGUCCCAUUGGCGUACACAUCUUUUAAUACUACGGGACUCGGAAGUACCGUUCCGUAUGACACUGAUGGAGAGCAGUCGUGGGGAAUCCUGCAGCAGAUCAAUGCUGGUUUCCCCAGCUACAUUCCCCAAGUGAUUGGAAGCUAUGUACAGCAUCAUAUAGUGUCUAUCUCCGCUCUUCUUGCGAGUUCCAAGCAAUAA